UGCGCAGUGCGGUUUUGCACGUACGCAAACGGCGUGGACGGUGGAGUCAAGCGUCGUUCAACGGGACGGAAAAGGAGCAUGUUAGUAUUCUGAAUACUUUCUCUACGCAAGAAUCACAUUUGUUGCCAUUCAAUCAAAACGUACCGAGCCUGCAUGGGAUCAGCCUCAACCUUAAGAGGGUCACUGUGUACACUGUCGAUGACAGCAUAGAGCCCAAACAUGGUGAGGCUAGGGCUGGAUCAGGUGGAGAUGAGGAGGAUGAAGGAGGACGACAUAGAGAUGGUCAAAGCCCUCAUCAAGGAGGGCUGCGGGGGCACAGAAAACCGUCUCAUCCUCCACAUCCUUACCCGUCCGCUCUGCCUCUUCAUCCUGGCUGUUUUCUCCUCAAUCCUCCGCUGCCUUGUCCAUUCUUUUAUCCUGGCACUUGCUAUUCCUGUCUUCCUGCUAAUUAUCUAUCUCAAGAUCACGAUGCCACGGUCCACAGGGGUUCUGGGUAGCAGCCGCCCCUAUUGGGACUAUGUGGGUAGCAGCUAUAGAGGGUCACAGGAUGAGAAACUGCAGAAUCCGUAUUGUAGGAUCAGUGGAAAAGCCCCAGUGACCAAAAAGCCAAGGCGCAGAAUCGGAAUCAAGGACAAGGACAAAGACAAAGACACGUCAACUGAGAGGGUCACCCCAGACAGGGAGCAGGCAGCAGGGCAGGUCUGGGUGGCAGACUGUGAGGGGGAGAUCAUUGGCUGCAUCUUCCUGGAAAGUGAGAAUCGAGCACACAUCAGGAGGAUCUGCAGGUUGGUGACAGGCUGCUGGUACCGCAGGGAGGGCCUGGGCAGGCUGCUUGUCCAGAGUCUGGAGCAGAGAGAGAGGGACAACAGCGCCCAUAGAGUGUACGCACACGUCCCCUACCCAUCAAAGGUGGCAGAGGCCUUUUUCAGGAAGAUAGGUUAUGUACAGCUUGGGGAGGGGGCUAAUGAAGAAGAAGACACUGAGAUGAACCUGGAGACACCAGAAAGAGGCUUUUUGGGACACCCACUCACUAAGGUGUUUUACAAAGACCUGUGACUAGUUAAUGAUGGACUCUGAAAAAAUGCAAAGGGGCGUCUAAAAAGAGAACAAUACAUCGUGCAAUCCCUGCUUAAAAUGUGUCAUUGCCGCAACAUGUUUGGCUUUUGUGUGAAAUAAUUUAUUGAAUAUUUACUGUAUGUUAUUUAUGACAGUAUUUAUAUACUUUUGAUUGCUGUUUUGUAUGUUUGAACAUACUUUUUGUUUACGACAUAAAAAGCAAUCCCUCUCCCCAUGUGUUUAUUUUAAAUGACAUCUCAAGGCUUCAUAGUUAUGUGUUCUCUUAUCAGUUGUAUCUAAUUAAAAUAUUUACGUUAAAAGUGUUUGACAAAGA